CCGUCGCAACAGUCCAAAUCUCCGCCCAUCGCUGCAAUUCCGUGGAUAUAAAACCCUCAUCGCCUUCCCAGUCCCCCCCGCACGAGCGCGCCCGAAACAUCGUCCGAAAUGGCAGCCUCGCAGACACAGCCUCCAGACACCUCAAUGCCCGCCCUGGCCUCGCAGAUCUGCAACCACAUCGCCUCCGUCUUCUCCAUGCCCACCGCCCACCCCCCGGCCCUCGACGUCCUCGUCUCCGAGCUCUCCGCCGCCGCCUCCCGCGGGGGCCGCGUCUUCCUCUACGGGGUGGGCCGGGAGGGCCUCAUGAUGAAGGCCCUCUGCAUGCGCCUCGCCCACCUGGGCCUCCAGGCCCACUCCGUCUUCGACGUGACCACCCCGCCCAUCGCCGGCGGCGACCUCCUCCUCGCCUCGGCCGGGCCCGGUGGGUUCUCCACCGUGGACGCGAUCUGCUCGGUGGCGCGGUCCCACGGCGGGAGGGUGGUGCUGUUGACGGCGCAGCCGGAGACGGGGACGUGCGCGCGGCACGCGAGCGCGGUGGCGCAUGUGCCGGCGCAGACCAUGGCGGACGACGCCGCGGCGGAGGGCGGCGGCGGCGGGGCGGCGGGGGAAGGGCCCCGGCCGCUGCUCCCGAUGGGGAGCGUGUUCGAGGGGGCGAUGUUCGUGCUGUUCGAGAUGGUGGUGUACAGGCUGGGGGAGGUUCUGGGAGAGAGCCCCGAGGCCGUCCGAUCUCGCCACACCAACUUGGAGUGACUGAAAUCACCGGCUGCCGACGAGGCUAAUGUCACGGUCGACGUCUUUGUCAUGUGAUGGGCGGUUGUAACGUGAUUUCACUUGUGCUCUGUAGUUUAUUUGGGGAUGAAAAAGGCCUGUUUCAAUAUGCCUUUAUUAAUGUCUACUUGGUGUGUUGCACAUUGUACGGUCAGUCUCUCUCCGUUUUUAUUUUUCUUUUUAAUGAGCUGCUCGUUGUGAAGGUCACCGACUUGUCGACUUAAUUAAUCCGAUGUUCAAAGUUUGUUUCCUA